GGAAGUAUCCAUCUACACAUCCAUCCCAUCUAGCAUAUAGGAGGGCCCCGUUGCACGUCGGGAAAGGAACAUGUACGUACGUCGUAGGAGAGACGUAAAGCGUUAAGCUUGUACAUCGCGUUUGCGUUCAAAGUUUCAAUCCACGUUAGCAGUUUCGCGUGUGCGCGCGGAAAGAUCGCAUUUGCGUGGUGUUAUAAUACCGUUUCAUUGUAAGAAAAACGAAGCCACUCUCUGCCUUCCUUACCUCCUCCUGCUCCUCCUCUGUCGCUGCUGCUUCUGUUGGUGGUGCUGCUGCCGCUGCCGCUGUUAGUGGUGGUGCCGUGUAUUUGGUGCGGUGAGAGAGGCGAGGCGCGAGAAGAAGAUUUAUACUUUGUUCCCUUUUCUUUCUUUCCUUUUUUCUUUUCUUUUCUUUUCCUUUUCUUACCUUUCCUUUCCUUUUUUCCCUCUCAUUCUAUUUUUCUUUUUUUCUUUCUUUUUUUUUUUUUUUUUUUUUUUUUUUUUUUUUUCUUUUUCUUCGAGACCGAAGCCUAUUUCACAGAAUUAAUGAUAUGUGCUCUCGCUAAUAAAGCAAGUAUCAUUAACUCGUUAAAAACCCCCUGGAAAAAAAAAAAAAAAAAACUAUACGUUUCAUUACGUGUCUCACUGUGAAAUUUUGUACGACAUAAUCACGAUAAUUCGCGGGCUAAGAUGCCCAACGUGAAUUCUGCGGGCAACAACGUCGACGUACAACGAACCAGGAUCAACGAAAAGGUGCGCGGUCAGGGGGACGACGCUCGCUCCUGCUUUCCCGCGAAUAUAUCACCGAUCCGGUCGUUCCACCUAUCAUCCUAUCAAAGAGACGACCAAUUUUAAAAGACUUCUGUUUGGUGAUCUUUCUUUCUCUUUCUCUGUCUAUCUGUCUGUCUCUCUCAUUCUCUCACUCUCACUCAGUCACUCUCUCUCUCUCUCUUCUCUCUCUCUCUCUCUCUCUCCCCCCUCUCCCUCUGUCCCUCUGUGUUCCUCUUCCUCUUCCUCUUCACUCUUCACUUCUCGUUGGUGAUAUUAUAAUCAGAAGAGAAGACAUUUGAUCGACAUCGUCCGUUACGUCGUUUAAAACAACGCUUUUUUACGACAUUUUAUAUAUAUCUUUUUCUUCUGAACUUUGGAGAGAGCAUGUUGCUGUUAGAUAUUUUAGAAGAAAGGUUAAAAAAGAGACGAUCUAUUUCCAAUUUGAAGAACACAAAGAACAUGUUAAUUGGACUAAUUUAAGUGUUUGUGAUAACGCAAUAAAACAAGCUAAUAUACUUUGUAAUUUUAUGUAAGUUCAUUCAGUUUGAUAAAAUAGAUAGAAGUUUGGAUCAUUUGAAUGACAAGAACUUAACAUGAAAACACUAAUGUGAAGAAACGAUUUUUAGUGUCCCUAUUGUACUUUGAUUUAUUUCGUCAUAUUGAUUUAAUCCUUUAUUACAAUUUUUUUUUUUUAAGCGUGUAAUAUCAUUUGUGAUGUCAAGAGACUUUAAAAUAUCUAUAUAAGGAUUAUACAAGUUUUUGAGUUCUCGUUAUAAAGUAUAAUAAGUUUGCUUGACUUGUAUUAUAGAUGGUCCUUUAAUCAUAGAUCUGAAAGCAGUUCUAUGAAAUUUACUUGUCAAGUCAAUGUUGAUUUUAUAAAGAAAUAUAUCCAUUUAUCGUGCUAAAAUGUGCGAACAAACAGAAAUAAAUUAUUUGGAUGGUGAUAUCGUUUGGGUGAAGCUAGGAGGAUGUUGGUGGCCAGGACAAGUUACUGGUUUUCAUAAUUUACCAGAAGACAUUCAACGUGAGUUUCAAAAGAAACCAUUGAUUGCUGCUGUUAAGUUCUUCCAAGAAGAUACAUAUGAAUACGUCAAAAAUUAUCAACAAAUUUAUAAAUAUAAUUGUACGCUCAAAGAUGAAUUUAUUAGGAAAGGUUUGGAUAAAUAUAGGAGUAAGAUCAAAGAUGGUGCUAGUUACAUGUCCAAAUUUCCUGGUGAUGUUGAAAUGGCAGAAAAACUAACUGGAGGAAAUCCAGAUAUAUUGAAUAGUGAUAAAUUUAGUCCUGAAGAAAAGCCAGAUAUAUCUGCAUUAUUUGGAGAUAAAAAAGUUCAGAAGAAGAAAAAAGAUCGAGAUGAUUCACAUAGAAGGAGUGAUGGUACUGAAAAUAUAAGAAAAAUUACACAUCCUCGAUUUUUGAAAGAAAGUGAUCACGAAGUUCGUAUUCGUCAGCAACCAAGUAGUUUACCUAGCACACCGAAUAGCUUAUCUUCUCCACAAUAUCCUUGUCAUUUGUGCAGUUUUACUUCUUCUCGAGUUAACGUUAUCAUUUGUCACAUAAAAAGUCAUAGAUCUGGUAAUUCGUCUGUAGCAAGAUCAAGAGUGAAAACUUAUUCGCAAUCGAGAAGUAAAGAUUCUGAUACACCUAAGAGAAAAUACGUUAAAAAAGAGAAGAAUCAACAUAAAAGUAAAAUUGAAAAUACUAUGGAUUCAGGAAAAAGAAAACAAAGUAAACAGAAUGAAAAAGCCAACAAAAAGAAGAAAUCAGACCCUGAACUUCGUGAAAAAUUAUUAGCAGAUUGGGACGAUGAAUCUGAUGAAGAAAUCAGUUUUGACCAAAAUAAAUCUUUUAACACUAGUACAAGUAGAAGUUCACCCACAAGAGAUCAAUCAUAUAUGGAUGUUAGCGAAGAGCAUAAGGAAGCAACACCUUCGGAGAUUACAGAUACCCAUGAAAUUCUUGCAGAAACUGAAAAAUUACUUAGGGAAACUGAAAAAUUUGCAUCCAUUAAUAUAGAGGCAGAUGCAUUGACUAGUAGUGCACACAAAGUUGAAUGUAAUAUAGAAGAAAAAGAGCCAUUAUCUCCAAAUCUUGGUAAAGAUGAAUUAACAGAUAAGUUCAAUAAAGAGAAAGAAACGACAAAUUUAGAAUGUGAGAAUAAACAUUCUACAUCUGAUAAGGAUGACAAAAAAUCUCGAUUAUCUUGUUUUGAUUUCGAUGAAGAUGAUGUGCCUGAGCCAUCUAUACCACCUGUAAGAAAAAUUCCAAGAGUUUUUGGUGAAAAGAAUUUAUCUUUAAAGAAAGAAAUAAUUAAAGAAUUUGAAAUGAGUCAAGCUUUAAGAACAGAGAAAGAAGUGGAAAGUGAUAAAAUAUCAGCUACAUUGGAACAUGACAUAUCUAAGAAGAGUAAUAAAACCGAUGAAACUAUAUUAAAGAAUAAUUUAGAUGUACAAGAUACUGAAAAGAUCGAUGAUAGUAGUAAAAGUUCAGAUACAAAUGAUGAAACUAAUAAUAAGUUAGUUGAAAGUGAUGAAAACAAAAGUGAAAGCAAAAAUGAAAUAAUAUCACAAGACAAUGAAAAACAAAAGUCUGGUAAUAAUUGUGAAACUGAAUUAGAAAUAGUAGAAAUUGUUGAAGUUGAAAAGGAAGAGGGUGAAGAUACGAAUUCUGCAAAUAUUAAAAUUGAUAAGGGAUCAGAGCCUAAAACUUCUUCAAUAGAUAAAAAUGAUUCUGACAAACUUAUGAAAGAUAAUGAAACGUGUGUAGAAGACAAGACUACAAUUAGGGAAACACCACCUGUUACAAAUAAUGUAAUAGAAAAAAUGGAAGUAAGUCAGGAUAAUACGAUUGCAAAACAAAUGGAUGAUACACUAUCAGAACAAUUCACUACAGAAACAGAGGAUGAAACUGUUUCUGAAUCAGCAGAGACUCUUCCUGAGCAAAGUGAAAGCUCUGAUAUGGAUUUGACUGAAGUGCCUAAAUCUGAGAAGGAUAAUAUUUUAUUACGUAAUCCACAAGAAAAAUUGACUUUCAAGAUUAAAAGGAAAAGAGGGAGGCCACGAAAAAGUACAGAAUCUGUAGAUACUUCUAUUGAUGAUAAUGAAAAAGCAUUAAAAGAUAAUAGAAGUAGAACAUCAGAAUCUGAUACUGAUCGUUCAUAUACUGCAAGGAAAAGAAAACCAAAUAAAAGAUAUUUAGAGUCAGAUGAAUCUACGCAAGAAGAAAAAAGCAUUUUUAAAACUGAUGAUAGCCAAUCUGAGGGCGAUGAGAGAUUUCAUGAAAAACCAAAGGUUAAAUCUAGAAGGGGGAAAAAAUUAAUAGGACAAAAAAAGAAGAAUAUUGAUUCAAUGAAGCAAAUGGAAGAAUUGGAACUGUCUGAAGAAAUGAUGGAAGUUACAGAAGAUAAUGUCAAAACAGCGGAACUUAGUCCAAAGCAUGUUUCUUCUGAUCAAAAUGAUAUUGCAACAAGUGAAAUAUCUUUGACGCUGGAAAAGAAACCUUUGGAUGAUGAAAUUAUUAGCAGUACUUCUCAAAAAACGUCCCUUGAAUGUACAAAUAUGGAAGUUAAUGAGGAGCAAUCAGAUACAACUCUUUUGUCAGAGAGUAUAACAUUAUUACCACCCAAAGAUGCUAUAAUUGAUGAACCGCUAAAGGAAGAAACUGAAUUAUUACAAGUUAUGAAUCAGGAAACAGAAACAGAUCUUAUAUUAAAUAAAACUUCUCUUGAUGAGGAAUUAUUAAAGAAUGAAAAUGAAAGCGCUUCAAAAACGAUUGAACUUCAAACUUCUAACAAUGCAGAUAUACAAAAACAAUCAGAUGUUUCAAAAACUACCAUUGAUAUGUUACCACCAAAGAAAUCUCAAAUAAAAAAAUUUGAGUUGUCACAGCUUGAUAUUCCUUCUGAAAGCACUACCACAGAUCAUGAUACUGAAUCUCAAGAAGAAGAAAAUAAAUUCAUUAAUAUUGAGAAUAAGGUAAAUACAACAAAGCCAACAGAUUUAGAAAAUGUUUCAUCAGAAAGUGUUUCAUCAGAAAAUAUUGAAAAAACAGAAAGUAAAACAUCGACUGAUCUAAAUAUUGAAAUUGAAAUGAAAGAAAGUACAGAAAUUACGACUGCAGAAGAUAAAAAAUCACAACAAAUACAAAUUGAUACACUUGUCUCAGAAGAUAUUGCACAAUGUGAUAAGCAAAUAGAAAGUAAGAAGUCCCCUGAAAAAGAAGGGCAAGAUUCUAAAUCUGAGGAUAUAGAAUCAAUGCCUAAGGAUGUUAUGAAGACAUCGAAUGAUUCACAUACAUUGAAAAAAUUAAUGCAAACUAGGUAUAAAGGAAAAGUAAUUCCAGAAGCGGGAGUAAAAUCAAAAAAAGAAAAAGAUAGUUUCUUGGAUGAGAAACCAAUAAAUACAUUUCAAGAAGCUUUUUUAAAGACUUUACAGAUGGACAAGAAAAAAGAUGUUUUAGAAGAUAACGAAUUAAUUUCUAACAAAGGAAAAGAAGGUAAGAAGUCAAUUAAACGAAAAAGUGAUGAGCUCAAUAAUGUAAAUACAGUAAUACUUGGUAUACAAGAUGUCAAAGUUGGAAAUGUAGAAGACAAUAAAGAUCUAUCAGAAAAUGUUUCUAAUAUACAAAGUCAAGAAAAUCUUUCAGAUGUUUCCAUUAUGAGUGGGUUUCAUGGAGUUGAAGUUGUAGUACAAGAGAAUAUUGAAACUGAUGCAAAAGUUGAUGAACCUGUCUUGCAGAAUACUAAUCAAACGCCAUCUUCAUCUCAUGACUACAAUCUAAUAUCACAAACUCAAUUACCAAUUAUAGAAGAUACUGUAAAAUCUACAAAUUUAGACUUUCAAAAGAUGGAGGAAUCGCCAAAAGUAGAAGUUCCUGCUCCUUCACCGACUUCCGAAGCUAGUAUACCGGUAAAAAAGCGUGAAAUGCCAAGAAUCAUAGAAAAUGUUGCUUUAACAGAGCCAAUGCAAAUUUUAAAAUCUAAACUAUUAGACAAAUUACCUCAGAAAGGAAUAAAACAUAAAUUAGAUAGUGAUACAAAAAGAAGUGAUCCAAAAGGAAGUCCAAAAGCAAAAAUUAUGAAAAUAGAAUCUUUACCUUCUAACAGUAAAAUGAAAACUGGAUUAAAGGUAAAUUCACCGAAUCUUUCGUUAACGCAAAAACUUCAAGUUUUAAAGGCUGAAGAAACUGAAAAUGCUGCAAUUGAAAAAGUAAAUGUACAAACAAGUCAGGCCUUAACAGCAGCAUCAUCAGGAACUGAAAAAUAUAUUCAACAAAGUUCACAAAGUUUGGCUGAUAUGGAGUUAGAUAUUAAUUCAAUGCCAUUUGUUUUAAGUGAAGAUGUAUUAACCCCAGAAAAUAUAGAACAAAUGCCUGUUGUUAUAUCAUCUAUCAUACCAGCAUCUAGUUCAGUAGCACCUACAUUAUCUCUUACUCCUACUACUCAGGUUGUAACGCCUAAUCAAAUGCAACUUAAAUCUGUAAAUGAGAGUACUUCUGAAGCGUCACCUGCAAAAAAGAAAAGUGGAACACCUGCAAUUCUGAAGAAUAAAUACAGGGCAAAACCUAUAAUUACAAGUAUUAGAACAAUUGUACCACCACUCACUGGAGGUGUAAAAGGAUUAAAAUUCCAAAACACACCAGCUGGCAAAGCACCACCUAUUUUAACACAAAAGGCAUCACCUGGAAAAUAUGUAGUAGUACAUACAUCUACAGGUCAACAGUUACGGUAUAGCGUACAGGGAAAAUCUGGAGGGCAACAAAAAAUUGCUGUAUCACCAGGGAAAGGUACAGGAAAUCCUCAAGUAGUACAUCAAGGUGGAAAAGUAGUCAUAUUUACAUCAGCACAAUCUGGUCAAACGAAGAUGAUACCAUUAAAUAUAUCAAAAACAUUAAGUGGUAAGAGAAUUAUGACAAACAAAGGUCAACUUCUGUGUCCUAUCAGUCCACAAAAUAUUGUAUCUUCAAAGACUAUUAUUGCUCCAAAAGGAGACAGCAAUUCACCUACAACAUCUAAACUUGGUCCAAAAAUUAUAAAUACACCAAGUAUUAUUACUUCCAAAGGAGUGUUGACACCUUUAUCAGGAACUAUUACAAAAACUGCUUUAUUAGGGACCUUGUCACAAGGUAUUCUAACAAAAGGUGGAAUAUAUACUCCUAUAAGCGCUUCUGCUUUAGGAGGUAGAACAAUUAUAAAUUCUAAAACUUUAGUAACAAAAGGUGCUACAAUAUUACCUUCUCAAAAUUUAGGUGGACCAAAAGCUAUUCUGACACCAAUAUCUCAAACCAUUGGAGGAAAACCAAUUCUUGGCACAAAUAUUGUUACAUCUAAAGGUACAGUUCUUACUCCAGUGACUGGGCAACAAGUUAAAGCAAUAGUGGCAAAAAGUCCGUCUAAAGGCGGUAAAGUGCAAUCUCAGUCGAUGCAACAGAAAGCACAAAUGUCUAGUAUACAAAAAGCCCAAAAAAUUCCAAUGUCUUCUUCAUCGCAAACUAGAGGUUCCUCAUCAUCAAAAUCAUCAAGUAAUACUAUGGUAUUCCAAAGUACUGGAUCGAGUUCCAAAGUUGCUUCACAAAAUAAAAAAAUAAACAAACAAAUGGCUAUUCAACAGAGCACUGCUAUGCAGAAUCUUUCAAGUCAAAGUAAUACAUCACAAACGGUAACAUCGCAAGUUCAACAGAAAGGAAAAUCUGUAUCUUCAUCCAAUGUUCAGAAAGUUCUUAUUCCUCGAAGCGGUGGUCGUCAGUCAAGAAAUCAGCAAAAAAUUGUCGUUCAAAAGAUGCAAGAAGCAAAUAUAGCACAAAAUAUUCACUCAAAACAAAAUAUUUUAAGUCCUCAUACCACAUUACCCAAUAUUUCUAAGACCAUAACACAACAUAAACACACAAGCGCGAAUACAAUGACCUCUAAAAAUACCACAAAAACUCAUAUGAUAAAUAAAGCUUCUCAGAAGAAUUUAUUAAAUAUUGCCAUGAACUCUGUAUCUGGUACAAAUGUAAAUACCAAUUUGUCUGCACCAUUAUCUUUACCACCUUUAGAACCUAUUGAACCAGAGAAAAAAUUGAAAAUGGAUAAUACAAUUAUCGAAAACGUACAAAAGGAUCAAUCAAAAGUAGAGAAAAUUCAUUCAGAAAAGAGUACAGAAAUGGAAAAAAUAGAUGAGCCAAAGGUAACUACCCAGCCACAGAUCAUGGCUUUACCAACAGAAAGUAGUGAUGGUACCCAAACCUAUGUUUUGGUAACUAUCGAUGAACAAGGUCAAAUACAACCAUUAGAUAAUAAUACACUUAUGUCCCUUGAGGGAACAACUCAAAAUCCAGAUGGAACAAGAACUUUAUAUAUAGAUCCUAGUUCAUUAGGAGAGGCUGGAACAUUGGAUAAUAUUGUUCUCCAAUUUGACAAUGGAGUCCUUCCAAAUGUAACAACCAGUACUAAUGAACCAAGCCAAACUAUAAUGUCAGAAAGUUUUCCUACGUCAGAAAUUAUACAAACAUCAAAUCAAGAUAUUUUAGCGGCAGCUCUAGCCAACACUGAUUUUCAACAAGAAAUUAAUCUACCUGAAAAUCCAACAGGAAGUGUAAUGACUACUGGAUUGACUCAGACUAGCUUAAUUAAUCAAACAAUUCUACAAUCAACCAUUAUACCACCAACAGAGCCAAUAUCUUCUCCAUCUGUGUUAGAGACAUCAUUGACUUUGAAUCAACCGAUUAUGACACCACUUGAAGUUCCAAGUAAUCUCCCAAUUCAAUCAGAAUCCUCAACUUCUGUAGUUUCAACAAUACCAUCUUCUUUAGAAUUACCAAUUACUAUUACAAAUCCGAAUAUUUCAUAUAUAUCUGCAGGAGAAACGCAAAUUCAAAUUCCUGGUAAUUCUAUGCCAGAUAUUGGAGAAAUUAUGGAUAGUUCAACUUCAACUGAAAUUGCAAGAACAGACAUUCCUACUAGUACUCAAUAUUUAGUAAUACCUAAUUUAGAUGAAAAUAUGACUGUUAAGACUCAAGAGGCUGUAAGUGGUACCAAUGUUUCUUAUUCAGUUUCAUUACCUUGCAAUAUUGUAUUAGAAACUACACAGGUACAAACCACUCCAUCAAUGCCUAUAAUAGAUGAUACAUAUGCAGAUAAUACUCAAUUUUCGACAUCCAUACAGAGUUCAAUAGCUACAGAACACAGUUUUGCUGAUGUACCAGUAUCUGAAAUGUUAGUUUCUAAAGCUUCUAUCACAUCUCCAGUAAAUGUACAAAUGUCAGAUGUUACAGUUGCAUCAGAUAUGAAUGUUACCACUCCAGAAGUUCCUAUAUCGUCUCAAGAUUCAUCUACUUCAACAAGUGAAACUUGUGUACUAAAAAAGACAGAGGAUACUACAAUGCCUUUAGAAGAAAUUUAUCCAUCUCAAGAAAUUCCUGUUUCAUCUCAAGAACUAAUUUUACAAGGAAACAUUAAAAAAGAUGUAACGCAUGACAUAACAGUUACUGCACAAGAAAAAAUAUCUGAUAAUGAAAAUAUAUUAAAUAUGCAAUUAGUGGAUCAAGCUGUAAAUUCUAUGACUAGUAGCAUGCCUAUUUUAGACAACAAUGCUUUAAUACAAACAGAAUCUAAUAUAAAAGUACAAUCUGUAGAACAUAUGACAUAUGAAGUAACAGAUUCAGGUGAUAUGGAAACCUCUUCCCAAGAAGCAGAUACUGAAAGUAAAUUUAAGCAAUUUUCUUAUAAGGAUGAUGUUGCUGAUAUUAAAGUUGCUUCACCAACGCUGGUAGAACAAACUACAACAACAAAUCAAACAGAAACAAUGCAUGAAGUAUUGCAAGGUAUGUCUGUAGUCCAAUCGUUAAAUAAUACUAAUACAGAAGAUAUAAAAGUAGAAGAAGCUGUUGAUUCAGAAAUGUAUAAUUCUACAGUAAAACCGUCGGAAGAUUGUCAAACAGAUGAACCAUCAUCGCAAGAUGAAUCUGAUGGUAAUCAUGUUCAACGGAACAUUCAAAUACAUUUCGGAAAAACUCAAGUAGAAAGUAAUCAGGAAACGCCAUCGCAAUCCUUCGAACAAUUUGAUAUAUCAAUGACAAGUGAUCCUGCAGAUUUACCCAGUCAAUCUGCGUCUAAACUUGAAAAUUCUGGUGAACCAUCACAAUCAGUUACAUAUGAACCAAUGGAAACGGACGAAGAAACAAUUGCUGGAGAACCACCAACUCAAUCGUUCGAACAUUUAAAACAAAAUGAAGCUUCUCAGUCAUAUGAGACGUCUACCGAGAUGAAUGUAAAUGCACCCACGCAGUCUUUUAACGAACUAAUGCAAAGUCACGAUGGAAGAAUUGUUACGAAUGAAGCGAUUGAUGAUCAAAGUUUUCCAACACAAAGUUAUGAAGUUGGUAAAGUAGAAAAUAUACCGGAUAAUUUAGAAACAGAUGCAGAAAUUAGUCAAGAAGGCAAUAUACCAUCUCAAUCAAAUGACAUUGGAACUGAUGGUAUUGGCACAUCAUCGGUUUCUACCAAUAACUCUGGCCUGAAUGAAGAUGAGACAGCUAGUUCAUCAUAUGUACCAGAGACUCCUGAAAAUCAAGAAAGAGAUCAGGAUCAAGAAAGUGCUAUAAGUACCUCAUCAUAUGAAAUCCCACCUUGUGAGGAAUUAAACAUUGCUUCAUCCAGUACAAUACCUGAUACAUCAGUUAGGACAGAACAUACGAGUAUCCAUGACAAUGGAGUACCUGAAAUACCUACAUCUUCAUACAAUCUAAAUCCAGAUAUUACUUCUACUCAUAUUGAUUCUGUACCUACAUCAAGCUAUGAGGAUCAAGUUAUAGUAGAACAAAAUGUUUCAACCUCUUAUGAGGUUCCAGUAUCAAUGCCUGGCCUAGAAGAAACAUCCUCACAAAAUUUUGUUACAGAAAGUACAGAUCAUAGAAAUGAACCCUCCAGCUAUUAUACCCAUCAUCAAGAAGUAACUGCAAGUUAUUACGAAUCUGUUGAUCAAGAAGGAAAUUCUAGAUUGGAAGAGGAUCCACAAGAGGAAGUAACUCCUAGUUAUUAUGAAGGUAAUCCACAAGUAGCAAGUCAAAGCUACUUUACACCAGAAGAAGCAACUCCAAGUUAUUCCAGUAGAAAUGUUUCUUCGGGUUAUUAUGGUCAUAGACCAGAGAGUGAAGCCAGUCAAAGUUAUUAUUCAGCAGAUGAUUUGGAAAAAACAGAACAAUCAAAUUCACAGAACAUUGAAGCAUCGCAAAGUUUUUAUCAAGAGCAUACAGAUGAAUUACGAUUAAGACAACAAGGAGAAGCUACUCCGACAUAUUCAGAACGAUAUCCCGUUGAUUAUACAUUGGACAAUUCGCCAAUAGAGAGGCAUGACCUUGUAGAAAGUUCUGUACCAGCCACUAAGCCUAUGGAAAGGUAAUACAUUGUUACAGAAUUUUGCAAAACAUUGUAAUGAGAAGUUUCUUUUUUAAAAUAGACUAUUCAGAGUUAUAGCUAUUGAUUGAUAAACUCGAGUCUAUUUUUAAAUGUACAUAGAAUGUUAAGGUUAUAAGUGCUUAGAUUUAAGGUUAAAUUUUCUUAUAAUAAUUUAUAUCUACUGAUCUAUCUAUCUAUCUAUCUAUCUAUCUAUCUAUCUAUCUAUCUAUCUAUCUAUCUAUCUAUAUAUAUAUAGUAUCCCUCUCUAUAAUAUAUAGCGUAUAUACAUAUAUAUCAUAUGUCAUAUAUAUAUAUAUAUAUAUAUGUAUAUCAUAUAUAUAUAGACACACACACACACACACACAAAGCUCGGAUUUAAUCCGUUUACUGGAUUUGGUAUAUAACAUUGUAGAUCAUGAUUGAAGAAAUGUGGUUUUUAUUACAAUAAUGUCGUAACCUUACCAUGUGUCACAGUUUGAUGUAAAAGUGAAAAAUCGAUCGUACAACGUUCGAAUUGUACGAAUUCAUUAAACAAUAUAGAAUGGACAUUUUAUUAAUCCACUUUUAAUUUCUCCUAAAUGUUAUGUAACUUGUUAAGUCAUUUAUGUGAAAACAUUUUAUUAUCAUAUGUGUAAUAUCGUUGAGUAGUAGUAAGAUUCACAGACCAUUCAUUGCGUAGUAUAACUAUGUUUAGAAUGCAUGAAAGGAUGUUUUAUAUCAUCCAAACGUUUCACAUGAUCUGAGAUGUAAUCGAAUCUUAUUGAAAAGAGUUAGAAAAAUAUUUUUACAUUGUUAUAUUUCGUGAUUGAAAAGUAUCAAAAAGAAAAAAAAAAAGAAAAAAGAAAAGAAUAAAAAAAAAAUGCAAAUUGUAGGAUUUUACUGCUACUCUGUGAUGUCAACUUAUAGUGGACAAUUCUUCGUUUGUACAACAAAACAAAAAACUUGUCUGCAGGUUCAUAAAUGGUACAAUAUUCAUAGAAACAUAACUACAUUAAUGUUUGUGCAUUUCUCUUUCGUUCUAUUCAAUAUAAAACAUGUUUGAACUGAUAAUUCGAAGAUUUCAUUUUAUGAAUAGAUCAUUGAUUUUUCGACUUUCAUUAACAUACCUGCAGAUAUUAGUUUUUCGAAGUAUGAGCAAUCAUAAAUAUAUAUAUAUAUAUAUAAAGAAAAAAAAAAUAAAAAAAAAAAUUAAAAAAAAAAUGAGCGAACUAAGGAUUGUGCACAUUAAGCUUAAUGUUUACUUCAUAAGAAAUAGCUUAUAAAUCUUUAUGAAAAAUAAAAAAAAGCCUAUCAUUUCAAUUAUCACAGCUGUGUAAUCUGUAUGUUAAAGUGAUGUAAAAGAAAGAAAAAUAGCUCAUUAGAAAAUCUGUCAUGUUUGAGAUGUACCUAAAUUUAUAUGUAUGUAUCCUGAAUAUGUGAUUAUUUUUAUCGCAAUUAGUUGAAUGUGCACAAAAAGAGGGAAUUUUAUUAUAAUGUAUAAUACCAACAUUAAGAAUUGAAAGGUUUAAUAUAUUUAUGUAUACUAGAUAUAUAGAAAGUUUAUAUGUAGAGAUCAUAUUGUACAAUUAAUUGUGCAGUCAUCAAAGUACUUUAAAAGUAAAUUGAUUUGUAAAAAAAGAAAAAGAAGAAAGAAAAAUAUUUGAUUGAUUCUACUCGAACAAGACAGAUUUGCUAAAUUAUCCUACUAAGAAUUAUAUUAUAUUCUUUAUAGUGUUGUGUUAUCAAGAAUAAAUCAAUAUUUUUAUUUCUCGCGACGUUCUUAACCAUCGUCACGCAUGUAUAUAUUAUGUUGAUAUCCUGAGAAAAAGAAUUCUCAUAUUAAAUAACAUUCAAAUAUAUUGGAAGAUUUUAGGCAUCUCUAGCUUAUAUUUGCAAAACAAAAAAAGAAAAAUGGACUGAAUUGUUAUCGUUUUCUUAUUAAUGUUUUGAUUUUUUUUGAUACAUACAUCUCUUCCGCUAUCAUGAAUUCAUGAGUUAAAUAAAAUUUCGCAUACUACGAAUAGUAAUUAAUAUUAUUAUGAGAGGUCAAGAAAAUAACAUUUUCUAUCAAACUUUCUGAUACUGUCGUAUGUUGGGAUAUAUGUAUUAAUCUGUUAAAAUAAUUGAAUAUAAAUGGCAUAAAGUGAUAAUGAAUAAAAUAUUACUAUUGCGUUCAUGUAUAUUAAUAACAAUUUGAUAUUUUCAACACUAACAAUAAUACCUUCUUAUUUCUACUGUGUGCACCAUUCACGAUUGUAACUAAGAGAUAAAAUAAAUAUACAAAUAUUUACAUAACAGAUUAUAUGUAUGAUUAUUAUAAUUAUCUUAUCCAUAAUAUUUUAAAUCAUCCUCAUAAAAUGAAUUCAUUGUUAUAUAAAAUAAAAGUUGUACUAUUCAAUGUUAUACUGAUGUUCAAUUAGGAUUAUUAACAUAAUCCAAAAUUAUUAUCAAAUCUUUAUUACCUAAAAUAAUCCCAAAAUACAAUAAGUUAUAUUAUUUAUAGACAUAUGGUCAUUUAUGUACAAUAGAUUAAUAUUUGCAGCUUUUAUAAAGGAACACAGUCUUUGCGAUUGUAUUAAAAAUUAUUUUAUUUUAUUUCCGCCAAUAUUGAGCAAAUUUAUGUAAUUGCUCCACUAAUGCAGCCAUAACAGCUGUAACAGAUAAAUCUAAAAGGUUUUGAACAUAAUGGACAGCUUCUUCGUCACUUAAAUCCAACCGUAAUUUGUCUUGAACUUUUUUGACUGCCUUAUCUGGUUCUAAAGCUAUAUCUGGUACACUAGCAUCGACCAUUAAUGAAAAUAGAUUUAAUAUUAAAUUAGCAUGUCUGCGUAAAUGGAGAAAUGCUGUAUAACAUUGUUUUCUGAAUUCAUGAUAGUGUUCAGAUCCUACACCACCCAUGGCCUCAACCAUUUCCUUACUUAACUUCAUUGGUGGUGGUAAAGGUUUUGGAUCUCUACCCAAAAUGUAGCCAAAAUCUAUGUGGAAAAGUUUGCCUAUAAAAUAUGUAUAAUAUAUUGGUUAAAAGAAUUACACUUAAUAUUAGACAUAUGAUAUAUAUAUAUAUAUAUAUAUAAAUAUAUAUAUAUAUAUAAAUUAUAUAUACCUGAUGUUGUUAAAAGUAAAUUAUCUAAAUGUCGAUCGCCUACUCCUAAUACAUAUGUUAUUAUGCAAUAACCAGCUGAAAUUUUAAAAUAUUUAAAACAUAUCUGACGAGUUAUUAUUGUGCAAUGUUAAAUCUUUAAAUUCUAAUUGCUUUUUACCCACCACAACUUCGAACAUAUGUAUCCAUCACUUCAGGGACAACACCAUAAGGCCCUGUAUCAGAAGGAUGAUGUUUCCUAAAAAAACUUAGAAUCGAACCCUCACUAGCAAGAACUUCAGCUACAGUUGUGGAUUCAAUAAAUUGCAAAAAACCGUGUCUUGUACUCGUAGCAAGUACUCUGAAAAUAAUUUAACACAAUUACUUUUUUUUUUUUUCUUUUAGUUAAUAAUAAUUAAUCUAUAAAUAAUAAAUAAUUCUUCACCUAUAUGGUGUUAA